CGACUGCCAGAGUCAUCGGAGUGGAUAUAUCUGAAAACAUGGUUGAAUUUGGGAAAAGAUACCACAAAGACGACAAACUGUCGUUCGAAUUAUUAGAUAUUACGGCCAGCAAUGUGCCGUUACAUUUUCAUGGAAAUUUCAGUCACGUGUUUUCGAUUUAUUGUCUUCAUUUCGUUUCGAAUCUCAGGCAAGCUAUGAAAAAUAUACAUCUCAUGUUAAAACCAGAAGGAGAAGUAUUUUUGAGUCAUAUGUCGAAGAUGCCCAUGUUCGAUGCAUAUGAAAGUUUAUCUCAACAAACCAAAUGGAAACCGUUUAUGGUCGAUUACAGAAAUAAAAUGAAUUUCUGUCAUCAAUAUUCGAAAAAUUCCGUACAGUUAUUUGAAGAUCUCCUAGUAGAUAUCGGGUUUAAGGUUAACGUGUGCAUCGAAGAAAAAAGAUUGAUCAUUUACAGCAAGGAAUACUUCUUAGGUAUAUCGCUAAACACAAUUUCUCAACUUUCAAACGAAACCCUGUUGUAGGUCUGAUGAACGCGGUGAAUCUUG